AACAGCCAGGCGAUGACGACGGCAAGGACGGUCGUUGCUUGAAAACGUUUUUAGCAUUUAAAGGCUGUUAUAAAUCGCCUUUUAUUACACGUACAAACACGGAGAUUAUCCAGCCCAGCGGUGAGUUCUGUUAUUUGUCCUCCGACGAGGAGGAAAUAAAGGAAAUAAGGGAUUUUGUCGCUGCCUUCGUCCUUCCUGUCAAGCCCUUUGUUUUUCACUGCUGCGCUCGAGCAGGCGACCAGUAGCGCCCCCGUGCGAGCCAACAGAAAAGAGCUCGACGAUAGGGAGCCAAGCGAAAGGCCGAGCUUCUUGCCUCCCGAGCGACGUGGGUCCCCCCAGCUCAGUUGUCCGAUGCGGAGUGAGGAUGAGUCCCGCUCUGGAAGCCCUCAUGCAGGCGGACGGGACUCCGUAUCCCGGAAAAGGGGUGAUGCUUGAGCCCUUCGUGCACCAGGUGGGAGGCCACUCCUGUGUGCUGCGAUUUGGGGAACAAACAAUCUGCAAGCCCCUCAUCCCCCGGGAGCACCAGUUCUACAAGAGCCUUCCUCCAGAGAUGAGGAAGUUCACCCCACAGUAUAAAGGUGUAGUGUCAGUCAGUUUCGAAGAGGAUGAGGAAGGGAACCUGUGCCUCAUCGCGUACCCCCUGCACAGCGAAUCGGGGGACCUGGAAAACAAAGAUCCCUCAUCAGACUGCGAGCCCAAGAGCAAGAUGCUGAAGUGGAGCAACAAGAAGCAGUCCUCGUUGCUCCUGGAAAAUGACAACUACAGCAAAGACAGAGCUCGACACAGCCGCAAAGAAGACAAGAUCAUGAGUUAUAAUCGUGAUGAGAUGCAGCAGCAGCAACAGGCGGAGGUUCUCUACUUCAGCCUGGAGAAGGGCAACGUGGUGCCACAGAUCAAACACAACCCCUGGAGUCUCAAAUGUCACCAGCAGCACCUACAAAGGAUGAAGGAGAAUGCAAAGCAUCGCAACCAAUAUAAAUUUAUCCUUUUGGAGAACCUCACAUGGCGCUACACAGUACCAUGUGUCUUAGACUUGAAGAUGGGAACUCGCCAACAUGGGGAUGAUGCAUCAGAGGAGAAGAAAGCCCAUCAGAUUCGCAAGUGCCAACAGAGCACAUCUGCCUCUAUUGGCGUGCGACUCUGUGGCAUGCAGGUGUACCAGUCAGACUCGGGGCAGCUGAUGUUCAUGAAUAAGUACCACGGACGUAAGCUGACACUUGCAGGCUUCAAGGAGGCUCUCUACCAGUUCUUUCACGACGGGCGGCGCCUGCGUCGAGAGCUGCUGUCUCCAGUGCUGCGCCGACUGCGAGAAAUGCAAGCUGCCCUGGAGGCCUGCGAGUCCUACCGCUUUUACUCCAGCUCCCUGCUCAUCAUCUACGACGGAGACCCUCCCAGGCCUCCCAGCAGACCCAGACACCGUGGCGGGGAAGAAGGCGAUGAGGAUGAGCCAUCUGACGAGGAGGAAGAGGAGGAGGAGGAGGAGGAAGGGGCCUUCGGUUUCCCUCGUUCGUCCUCGACAGGUGGCAGUGCUGGUGUGGCCGGAGGAAGCAGCAACAGUGGCAGCAGUCGCUCCUCCCACAGUGCUGGAGAGGCCAGCAGCCCCGCGGUAGAUGUGCGCAUGAUUGACUUUGCUCACACCACCUGUCGGCACUAUGGGGAAGACAGCGUGGUGCACGAAGGCCAGGACAGUGGCUUCAUCUUCGGCCUCCAGAACCUGAUCACUAUCAUCUCCCAGCUGGAGGAUCACAGUACUGAUUGAGGCUGCACUGGAGCCAACGCGGUCUAAAUUUUCAGCAUGGGAAAAGCUCACUGAGCUGAAAGCCUGCUACCAUAAGGUGCAUCGUCCUUAUGCCUAGACGGGGGUCUGACCCUCCUCUGCUUGGAGGGAAGAUCAGACACCUCGGGGUCAGGGGAGAGUCUGUGUGGUCGUUGCUGUGCUCUCCCUUACCUGCCAGAGGACAGGGCUGCCUGUGCCCUUACUUGCACUUCUCUCUUUCUGAGACUGCUCCUUUUCUUUGUUAUACGUGGUAGGAGAGCUGUUGUGAGACGGUGGUCUCUCGACAAACACAGGGACUCCUGUAGCAUCCUGGGACCCUUCUCCCCCUCUCCUCCUCUGGUACAGAUGAGUUUUUUUAUUGUUAUGUUCUCUCUGAGAGAGAAAGAGCGAGGCAGAGGUAAUUGAAGCUAAAGUGUAGUUGUAGGAGCCUGACGUGGUGCUUUACCUGUGAUAUGAUAUAAGUUGUUUGUUUUUUGGUUUGUUUUUUGGGGGGGAGGUGAAGUUUGGACUACCGGUCCACAACAGCACAGCACAUUAUUUUCAGGAGAGUUGACUGUACAAGCUGACCAUGGCUGGCUAGGCCAACAGCCUUGUAGCAAUUGACAACUUCAGCUUCUGGGAAGGACAUUUUGUGUUUCUAUUGGUGUUUCUUAGGACCCUCGUAACAAACCUGGUUUGUGAGUCCACCGGGCACUCGGAUUUACACUUUUUGGUGGAAGAACAAGAUUAUUUAGGUCUAGAAGAAGGGAUUUGCCUUUUUUCAACAGUUGUUCACAACUGUACCCUUUUGCCUAUAAUGAAAGACUCUUUGCUAAGGGGAUAAUAUCCUUGUUUUGUCACUGUCUUUGUUUUUGUCUGAUUUUCUCCUUUUCAUUCCUGAAACUUUGACUAAACAAAGAGAAUAUAUUGAUUUAAAAACACUAGCUACAAAGACUAUAUAGAGACUAUUUAUUUGAAAGGAUUGUUUAAAAACUUAAAAAAAUGGAAACGGCUACAUUCCAUAUUACCACUCUAAAUGUUCUGUUCUGAUACCGACUUUGAUUUAUUUUAUUAUUGCAAGAGCUGAUACCUCUCUUGUAUACCUGUGUGUUAAGUGUCUUGGAAAAUAAAGGCAUUCAUUUGUGGUAA